GUCGACACCACUGCUGCUGUUGUCCUUUUGUUUUCUCGCAACCUUCAAACACCAACAACACGAGUCCGACCAUCACGCACUAGAAAAAGAUGGUGAGAGUAGGCCACUUCUGCGUGGUGGCUGCGGCCGCGGCUGACGUGUGCACGGCGUUCGUCGCCCCCGUCGGACAGGCGGCGGCGGGAGGACUGGUCGCAUCUCCUCCCCAGCAACAACACGCACGAGUCUUGGUCUCGGCAAGGAGUCAGUCGUCCGACACGUUCCGCCACCACCGCGCCGGCGGCCGCCGCAGGCAACGGCUCGCCCUACAGAUGCAGUCAGACGGGCCCAGCCAGUGGGCAGGCGGGGGGAUCAACGUGUCCGGUGAAGCGCCCUUCGAGAUCCGGGGUUUCUCGCUGGCAAACGCCGCUGCGCUCGCCGGUCUUGCCAUCACGUGCGCCUCGUUUUACGAGUACUUUUCCACGGGCGGUGCGGGCGGCCUGUCCGGCAUCGGGUUCGUCUACGGUAUCCCCAUCGCGCUCAUCGGGCUCGCACUGAAGUACGCCGAACUCCCCCCCGCGCCACUUCAAACGACGCCCGAGGCAGAGGCUUUGUUCGAGGAGAAGGCAACUGAGACGAUCAGAUCUAUCAAGAGCGACGUGACCCGCCACCGGUACGGAGACGAGGCGCACUUGGACACGACCGUCAAGUUCCUUGGUCUCGUGAUGCCGCAGUCCGACUACCCGCAGCUCCAGUACAUCUCUCAGACGAUUGAACCAAACGGCGAGCUGGGAUUCUCCAUGGUGUUUCAGUCUAAGAUGACGCCCUUCAAGAGGUGGGUGGAGCCGGAGCGCGUCGAGAAGUACGUGGCGUUCUUCGGGCCUGGGGUGGAUGCGGAGGUGAUCAAGGUGGACGCUCAGGAGAAGUUGGUUGCCAUCAAGCUCACCACGCUCCCCCCAGGCGCGCAGCCAACCCCGAAGGUCGCGGCACCCCCUGCGGAAGAAACGGUAGCGGAGUAGACUGCAAAAUGUGCGACAAGGUGGAGCAAUCGUUUCCCAAGUCUUGUUCAAGCGCGAUGCGUAGGUGUUGAGGCCGGGCUGGGUUGGCCCCGACGGGGGAGGAGCUGUCAGACCUGUUGUUAGUCCGUCAGGUUGGAUUCAGCAGGUUGGACUAUGUGGUCGAGCUUACGCCGAUUGCACGACGUGGUGUUGUUGUCACAGCGGGCGGCUAGAUACAGAGAAGCGCGUGGCCUGGUCAGGCAGAUAAAAUGACAAGCUUCGCUCGCUCGGCAAGAGUUGUUGGGAGAAUGGAACCUGAGGAUGAUUAUCUCCGUUUAGUACGAGCUCGGGAUCUGUUGUGUUUAUUCCCGAUGCGAUCCGUAGCUAUGCUCGCCUCAUGAGUGUGAUCGAAGCAAACUCGACUGCUAUUGCUGUAGCGAAAGAGAUGAUGGCACUACACCGACUCUUUGGCCGCAAAGGCAAUCGAUAGACUGGACGAUGCCUGUGGGGUUGUCGUUCAAUGGGGGAACUAUAUUGGGGUAUAAACGUUAGAGUCGCCCACACGCUCAAUAAUGUCAAGCGGGUAAAUCGGAGUGUUGCAAUCUGUUGCGGGAACGGAGGUUGUCCCGUAUCUUAAGCUGGAAUCGGUCCGUUGUGAGUUGAAAUUAAUUACGUCAAUUUUGUCAGGAAGGCAGCACAGGUCAUGCUCCGGAGGGGCCACAUACGGCGACUGCCUGUCGCUGAUUUAUUUUUCUGGGUGCCCGUGGCGGCGUGUGUAAAAACCCACACCCUGGGAGAUGGAACGGGCUUUUUUGGCGACAAGAGAAGAGGGUUUUCAUGUUCAGCCACUACUUGGGCCGCUUGGUCUUGUUCCAACCACAGCCAAAUAUGGCCUCACGUGAAAAGAGUGGAUUGUUGUGACGUGCUUGCGAUGGUGACGGGUUCAGCGGUUCGCAUUAGAGAGAGUCACCGGACAGCAAGCAGCUUCGGGGGGGGGGG